AUGGGAGCUGUGUCUCGAGGACGCAUGUUCCAAUGUCGACCAUUGGCCACAUUACCACCGGGAUUUCCAAGACCACAGACCAUUAUGACGGGGAAGGAUGGAUACCAACGCUUUCACCAGAGUAGCCAGCCAUUUUACAUGUCGAAGCGCUUAUGGGUGUUUGUGGGCACGGGCGUCUUCAUGUUUGGUGGAUAUUAUGCAACACAUCUUGAGAAGGUACCCAUCAGUGGACGUAUGCGAUUUAUGGAUGUGACGCCAAGACAAGAGGAAGCCAUGGCCAAACAAGCGUAUCAAGAAGUCAUGUCACAAUAUGGAUUGCGUGUGCUCCCUCCGAAUCAUCCAUACACGCGAUUUGUAUCCAGGGUGGCGAAACGGAUUGUGCAAGUAUCGGGUAUGGAUGAUCUGCAAUGGGAAUUCCAUGUUAUUGAUUCACCUGAGCCAAAUGCCUUUGUACUCCCAGGUGGCAAAGUAUUUGUGUUCACAGGCAUCUUACCAAUUGUACAAAAUGAAGAUGGCAUGGCAGCUGUGCUUGGUCACGAAGUAGCCCAUCAAUUGGCACGACACAGUGCGGAAAAGCUGAGUUUUGCAAAGGUGAUUCUCGCAUUGCAGUUGACGCUUGUCCUCUUUGGGAUCGAACCCUCGUUUGUCUUUAAUCGAGUCCUCCUCAAUGUUGUGCUCAACAAGCCCUUUUCACGUAAAUGCGAGACUGAGGCCGAUGCCAUUGGAUUGCAGUUGAUGGCUCAAGCGUGCUUUAACCCACACGAAGCCGUCGCCAUGUGGAAACGAAUGGAAAAAGCAGGUGGUGGUGAUAUCCCUCAAUUCAUCAGUACCCAUCCAAGCCAUAAGAAUCGCAUUGAGUUUCUUGAAAAGGAGAUGCCGACCGCAUUGGCGAAACGUGCUUCCAGUGAUUGUACUACCGAGCUUCAAAAUCUUGCAGACAUGUUUAACACGCAACGGGUGCGUUGGUAA